GAGGACUUCUGGCAUAUCUCAGCCUUGGGCAGUGAUUGUCGACGAGGACGGAAUCUUGCGGUCAAUAAGUGGUUUUCUGUGGUGGUCCUCGAGCCACUCUGCUUCACCGUUGCCAGGGCUUUCUUUCAGUCCAAGACUUUGGGUUUCAAGACUGGUCCCUUGUCACAGUGCAUUGCUGAUGCGUUGUCCAUAAAGGCCACUAGUACCUUGCACACCAGGGCCAAUCACUUUCUGCGUUUCUUAUCGUGGACGAAGAAAAAGGGUGUUGUGGCCCUCCCGCUGAGUGAGGCAUGUGUGUACUGCUACUUCCAGGAGCACCAGGCCACCGCGGCACCGACUGCUCUCAGGAGCUUUCUUUCAACGCUUGCCUUUGCCAAGUUUACCUUGGGAUUGUGUGGGGCUGAUGAGGUUUUGUGCUCUGUACGCGUGAAGGGCCUUGCUGCAAAGAGGUACAUGGAUAAAAGGCCACUCACGCAGAGAGAUCCAUUAAGCGUUGAGCAAGUGCAACGUCUGGAAGAGAUCCUGAUGGAUAAUCUGCGUGCCAUGAUUGACCGGAUAGCUUCCGGUUACUUCCUCUUCCUCAUUUAUGGAAGAGCGAGGUACAGCGACGGCCAGCGUGUCAGGAGCUUGAGUCUUGUGCAUGGAGGUAGGUUCCUCGAGGCCACCGUCUACAGGUCCAAGUCUUCCGUUAGCGUGGAACGCAAAACACGCUUGUUGCCUGUCGCUGCUCCCAUAGUAGGAAUCACCGGCAGUGACUGGGGUUCCAUUUGGUUUCUCUUUUGCAGAGUGAGGGGCUCUUGGGAGUUCCACAGGGUCCGCUUUUGCCCGCGCCUAGGAGUCAGGGUCGUUGGAGCCAACAACUGGCUGAAGGCAUUGUUGAGUCUUGAUGCGAGCGUCAACGUUGGUACUCAUUCAUGCAAAAGAACUCCUUUGAGCUGGUGUGCCAAAAGAGGAGUGAAGCGUGAUGUGAGAUGCAUCCUAGGAUAUCAUGUGUCGACUUCUGCAGGCAUUGGUACCGAAGUUCUCUACGAGGCUGAUUCCCAAGCGGCUCCGUUGCGUACCUUUUGCGCUGUUUUGAAGGAGAUUUCUGAUGGCACCUUUAGGCCUGAUCGUCCGCGUGGUGAACAGCUGUUGCGGAAUGGUCAGCCAGUUGCUCUUACGGAGGAUCGGAACAAUGAUUGUGGCGAUGAAGACGCUGUGUCCACGUCGGAAGACAGUGAGGACGAAGAAAGUGUGGAUCGGCCUGGUGAGGAGGCCGUCAUCGCAGAAGCACUCGGUCAGUGGGAAGGGCGAGUGGAUCUAGGCAAGAUCCCAGAAGGUGCACAGUUCUUCCGAAACGCCGCUUCCCGGGUGAUUCACUUCGUCGCAGACGAGGCAGGCGCGAACUUCAUGUGUGGCAGAGGGAUCACCCCUGUGUAUGAACGGCAAACAGCCCAGCUUGCAAUUUUGCACCCGAGAUGCAAGCAGUGUUUCCGACAUGUCAUCGUAUGA